CCAGGCGACAUGUCCUGAGGCCUGGUUAUAAACGUUCRAUUGACAGUCACUUUGUACAUUUCAUUUCUUGUUUAUAAACAAUACUUUAAAAAUGUGUUUAUAGUUAUCUGACUGAAUAAGAGCAUGGUUCCUUUGAGGACAGGGAUCGCGAAGAUAUUAACAUCUACUCUUCUACAGGAUUGUAGUUUUCUCUGCAGAAAAAUCCCUAAAAAAUCAACUCGGUUCAUGAACUUGGAUCAAGGUUCAUUCUGCGUACAAUCUAAGAAUGGUAUUGGAAUUCCACACCUCUACAAAACUAGUUCUGCGAUCAUUUGUCUUACUCGAACUUUAGGGUAUUAUGAUGAUGGAAAUAGGGAAAAAAUUAGACGUGUUGGUUCAAUGCAACGUUUGUCAACGCCAUUCAUGAAGAAGAAUAUCUUAGACAAAAUUCACUCCAAGACCACAACAUCGAACAGGCAUUUUAGCGCCGCAUCUAUAGUUAAUGCAUGCCCAGAACGUAUACAGCCAUAUAUGAGACUUAUCCGAUUUGAUAAACCAAUAGGCACAUGGCUACUUUAUCUUCCGUGCACCUGGGGUAUCACCAUGGCAACUGACCCUGGGUGUAUGGUUGAUGUGAAGUUACUGGCUCUGUUUGGUGUUGGUGCUCUAGUGAUGAGAGGAGCUGGUUGUACUAUUAAUGAUAUGUGGGACUCUGAUUUUGAUAAAAAGGUUGCCAGGACAAUCACACGACCACUAGCAUCAGGUGCGAUCAGUCAUUUUCAAGCCUUAGUGUUCCUUGGUGCUCAGCUGAGCUGUAGUCUUGCGAUCCUUCUAUCCCUGAACACCUACAGCAUCAUUUUAGGAGCUAGUUCAAUGGGCUUGGUUGUGAYGUACCCACUGAUGAAAAGAAUCACUCACUGGCCACAAAUUGUUUUAGGGUUAACUAUGAAUUGGGGCAUUCUUGUCGGCUGGUCUGCAGUGAAAGGUAGCUGUGAUUGGUCUGUUUGCUUGCCGCUGUACAUGGCAGGGUUCUUUUGGACCAUGAUGUAUGACACAAUCUACGCUCAUCAGGAUAAGAGUGAUGACAUUAAAAUUGGUAUCAAAUCGACUGCUAUUCUCUUUGGUAACCAAACCAAACUCUGGUUGUCUGCAUUUAGUGCUGGUAUGGUGGCUAACCUAAUGCUUGCUGGAAUAACUGGUCAUCAGUCAUGGCCAUAUUUUGCAGGAGUUGGACUGACUGCYGCUCACUUGGCAUGGCAGAUUAUUGCAGUGGACCUCAACAAACCACAAGACUGCCUUGAGAAGUUCAAGACAAACAAAUGGUUAGGCAUGUUGACUUUCGGAGCAAUCAUGUCUGGAGUAGUGUUGGAAGCAACUAAAGAUAAUUCACAGGAAAAUAACGAACAUGAAAAAGUUAUGGCAUAAGAAAUUAUUGUAGAUCGCAUUAAACACUUUGCAUACAUUAAAUAAUGAUUUAAUCAACUUGUAUACAGUAAUGUUUUGGAUUGACUAUACUGUCUUGUACCUCACCUCAGUAAAAGGGAAUUCAUGUUUGAGYUCUUUUAUCCAGAAACUUAAUCAGUCAAAUCCUCCCUAGCCCUCAGAAAUACCAAUCCCCCUUCAAGGGGAGGUAUGGAUCUUUUCUAGAACUACACAAUAAACCCUCCCCAGCCCUCGUAGAUUUUAGUCUUUGGAUAUUAUGUUUGAAGUCACUGGUGCUACUAAGUUUUGAAAGUAGAGGUACUCUAGGAGUUAUGAGAUUGUAAGCUAAGUGCCAUUYGACAAAAGCCUGAUAUGUUUGACUGGGCAAUAUAAGAUUGACUGUUGUCAAUGAUGAUCACUCUAUAUCACUUGAUUGACCACUUAACCAGGGUUGAUUGAUCGGUAGUACUCAGCUGCUAGAAAAAAAUGUACUAUAAAAUUGCGUCAAUUGAAAGGAAACACAUAAUAUAAAAUGAUUUAUGAAAAUAUUCUCAUUUUCCAAGAUGUAAUUAUUUUAAGCAGAUUUUAUUGAAAUAUAAUAAUGACAAAUUGAUAAUAAUUAUUAGUGAAAUAUCUGCAAACAUUGGCUAUCCACUUCUAUUCUAAUAACAUGAAAAUCACAAAGUAAAUAGUAUUAGCUAGACAAAUAUGUAUUAAUAAUAUAGUAUAUUGUUAUAUAAUAAGAGUAUCAAAGGUUUUUUGUACAGUACAAUUAUUAAUUGCUGCUAGAAUUAAUUCAAAAAUAAGUUAUAUUUGGUGAAGAGUAUAAUUAAUUUUAGUAGUGUGGUGCAAUGACUUGUGAGUCUCACUGUUAAUAGAGUGCAUACGUCCAUAUAUCUGUGAAAAAGGUAACUUACAAAAUUGUAUGAAUUGGUGCAAAGUUUUGAAGGUCUACAUUCCACUAAACCUUCUUAAUUUGUUCAAAUUUAUGCAAUUUUUCAUAAAGUUUUUCAGUUUUUUCAAUGGUAUGCACUCUAUUAUAAAUUUCUUGCACUAAAUUACAAUCAAUUGGUAAAAACAAAAGAAUUCCCRUCUCUUGAGAAUUGUGUUAAUAUUGUUUAUUGUUUUAUGAUCCUAGGUUGGGAUUUAGUGCAAGGGUUCUAUAGACCUCAAGCUUGAUCAUAAUGUUUUACCCAUUUCAGACCACAUGUCAUUCCCUAGAGUAUCAUUUCUUUG